UCCAAUCAUGGCCGUCCGUCGCCUACAGCGGGUGAUAACCCAAAUUUUUUAAUUGACGGCCACUGGAUUGUCUUUCCCUGCCGCCGUAGAUGGAGUGAGGGAGGGGGCUACGCUUGAAUAGACACGGCGAUGAGGGGGUGACACGCCAGAGUGUGGAGGAUACAAUCAGCUGGAAUUUCACGACUGGAAUCUAUUCUUAGAAAGUUGUGUUUACCAAGGAGGACGUCCGUCAUCUCUGUGAUAGAAAUUUGAUUGGGACCAGUUUAUCUCUGAGAGAAUGGACUCGAUAUAAAGAUUUCACAGAUGUGAAGGAACUAAUUCAACGUUAUUGCCGGUGGCCAAAGCCGCAUACUGUAACAGUGCAACGAGUUUCAUGUGUGUAAUGCAAUUGUGUUUAUAUAAUGCAAAUAUAUUGCAACAUUCAUUAUAUUCGCGGUGUGGUAAUUUAAAACUAGAAUUGAGUUUUAAUUUAGUUUUCAAGAAAGUUUAUGUAAAUAUAGUAUUAACGUGUAACAUAAAAUUAACAUAUGCAUAGUAUAAAGGAAAAGACUUCGAAGUUUAUAUAUUCAGUUCAAUACCUGUUUAUAACAAGUAUUGAAUGCAGUGUUGAUACAAGAACACAAUGUUGAUAGAACGUGAGGUAUCAGAGAUUUGACUUAUACAACAGUAUUGAUUACACAGGUUGAUAAACAAAGUUGAUAAUACAGUAUUGAUAAAACCGGUGUUCAUAAAGUGUAAAUAAAACGGAGUUGAUAAAACAGCAUUGUUAAAAACAGAGUAGAUCUAGAUCUAGUAGAGUUGAUAAAAACUUCCGGCUGUAAAUUCGACAGAGAAUGAGUUUUCACCUGUACCUAGCUGUGUACACAACGACCAUUCUGGUUGUACUCACGUGUACACUCAACGUCAGCUGUCAGGACACGCGCGACAGAGUUCGUCUUCUGCGAUUAAAACUACUGGCUGUGAAAAUGAGAGCAAAAGUACAAGCGUUGGACGGUACAGACAGCUACAUCAGCAAACGAAGUGGUCUCCAAAGACGGCUUGAUGAAGCCCUCAACAACUUCGAGAAAGGAUACAUGACAUUCCACCAACACUUAACUCUAUUUAUUAACGCGCUGGACAAUACGUACCGGCGAGAUUUACCUUUCGACCGACAAAAAAUGAUAGACGCAUUCAAAAGAAUCCCACAGAUCCUUCCUCUAAAUGACGAAUCGUUCGCAUUCCAAGACACGAAAAAGUUAAUUCUAAAAUGGAAUGACUUGUCUAGAACUGCUCAGCGCUAUCUUAAAUUGCUGCCCAGCAUAAUCAAACCGGAGAAAGCACCAGGGAUACGGACGUAUAUCUCGCAGCUGCGGACAGAGUUAGAUAUGGUGAAGUCUUAUGCUACUCAGCUUUCCGUCAUAAACAAGGAACUUCCGAAAGCACUUCCGCCUGGCAUUGGCGGCGCCAACCUUUCCCCACCCUUGCCGUAUGUUUGUGAUUUAUGUAAAAAUAUUAACCAAGAGCUGAAAAAAUUCGAGAAAUGAUUGACUUAGUGACAGCUUGUGAGCAUCUCCAACUUCAACCCCCUUUAUGCCAGCAGGAGUUACAGUUCCUAGAACUUCCGAGGGUGAACCUAAACAUUUCAUCCUUACCGUCAGCCAGACGAUUGGAAAUGGAAGGUCAACGUCUUCUGCUAACCGCUUUGACCUAUAUCUUCCUUUUUUUCGUAGUUGAACUACUUCCAUCUAUAAUAAUAGUUUCGCUAUUCUGUCUGUCCCACAAGAACGCUGUAGAGAAAACAAAAGGAAAUUUUAAAGUUUCACAGGGAACUGUUGUGAGGUCACAUGAAACUAAUAGCAAUUUAUUAUAACGAAGCAAAAUUUGAACAGUUUUAAAGCAGGAAAAGUACACACAAUAAAAUUACGUUAUUGAUUCUAGAGUAAACAUAGAAUUGAAAAAAUGCCGAAAACAAUACACAAAAAUAAUGGCGUUAUUGAUACUCGAUAAUAAAAAAAAAUUGACAUUACCGCCUAAUUUGGUGGGCGGGGGAGGGCAAAUCUUGGAAAAAUUUGAUAAAAUUAAAAUGUCAUUAAAUGUGAACAUUAAUGGCUUACUGUGACAGCUAUAAUGACAUUGAGUCUGUGCAUUGACAGGAAGUUAUGCCAAUUACAAUGACAUACUACAAUGACAGCUAAUUAUGACACCUACAAUUCCAUCUGUACAGCAACCACCACUAGGUUUUUAAAUAUUUCUAUCUCGGUGAUGUUAUUCUUAUUUGACAUGAUUUCUAUGUGUGAUUGACUGUCCUCUUUGAAUGGUUGCUCUAUUAUAAUUUUGUUUUGAAAGGUUAGUCUUUUAUAAUAUUGUCUUGAAUGAUUUGUUUUUGGUUGUUGAGUUUUAAACGGUUGGUGUGUGUAUGUCAUCCCUUGAUGGUUGGUGUUUGACUCUUAUAUCUUUAAAUGAAUGGUCAUCUUGAAUAGUUGGAUAUGCCUGCAAUCUUUCGAAAAGUUGUUGAUUGUUGUUGAUUGUCAGUUAAUUCUUUACCUGUUUGAUGGUUUUCUGUCUUAUAUUUCAAUAUUAAUUGGGUUUUUAGUCGUGUCGACGUCUUUCAUUUAUUGUUGGAAAUAUC